AUGCUCGCGCUUACAAGCAAAAUAUCAUCAUUAUCGGAUGAAAGUGGUGCUGCUGAAUCAACACAUUCAGCAUUAAAUAUCAAUGAUGUUGCUGAAAUAGAUGGUUUCUCUCUUCCGACAAGUUACAACAACAACAAGAUCAAUAUAGCCUUCAUUGAUGAUAUAAUUUUUGAAAUUCUUCAAUUCGUUGAAUCAUUGUUUAUUGUUCAAGUUUGUAUGAAAAUUUCAAAACAAUGGAGACAAGUAUCAUUUCAAAUUCCUCUCUCAGUAUCAUUCGAAUCCCAUCACUUCAAACACAUUUCUAUACCAAUCAAAAAUUUAGCUAAUUGUGAAUAUUUGAAGAAUUUGGCUUCUUUAACUCUAUACACCAAUAGAAUUGACAGUGAAGGAGUCAAAUAUAUGGCUUCGAGUGAUUGUUUGAAGAAUUUGACAUCUUUAAAUCUAGGCCAUGAUGGAAUUGGCAAUGAAGGUGUUCAAUAUAUUGCUACGAGUGAAUAUUUGAAGAAUUUAACUUCUUUAAAUCUAUACAGCAAUGAAAUUGGUAUUGAAGGAGUCAAGUACAUUUCCACAAGCGAAUUCUUGAAGAAUUUGACUUGUUUGAAUCUGGAAAACAAUGAAAUUGGCAAUGAAGGCGUUCAAUAUAUUGCCACGAGUGAGUACUUGAAGAAUUUGACUUCUUUAAAUCUAUGUAGAAAUGGAAUUGGCAGUGAAGGUGUCAAAUACAUUGCUUCGAGCGAAAGUUUGAAGAAAUUGACUUCUUUGAAUCUGGAUAUCAAUAGAAUUGGUAGUGAAGGUGCCAAAUAUAUUUCUACAAGUGAUUGUUUGAAGAAUUUGACUUCUUUAACCAUACACAGCAAUGCAAUUGGUAAUGAAGGAGCGAAACAUAUUUCUACGAGCGAAUGCUUGAAGAAUUUGACUUGUUUGGGUUUGGACUAUUGUCAAAUAGGCAGCGAUGGAAUCAAAUAUAUUACUACGAGUGAAUGUUUAAAGAAAUUAUCUCAAUUGAAUCUGCAUGGCAAUAGAAUUGGCUGUGAAGGCAUAAAAUAUAUUGCCACAAGCGAUUACUUGAAGAAUUUGAUGUCUUUGGACCUCUAUGGCAAUGGAAUUCGCGAUGAAGGAGUCAAAUAUAUUACCACAAGUGACUGUUUGAAGAAUAUUACUUCUUUGAAGCUAUGUAACAAUGGAAUUGGCAGUGAAGGAGCUAAAUAUAUUGCUUCAAGUGAGUGUUUGAAGAAUCUAACUUAUUUGGAUCUGGAGGACAAUCAAAUUGGCAGUGAAGGAGUCAAAUAUAUUUCUACAAGCGAUUGUUUGAAGAAAUUAACUUCUUUGAAUCUAUGCAGCAAUGGAAUUUGCAAUGAAGGUGUCAAAUAUAUUGCUUCGAGCGAAAGUUUGAAGAAAUUGACUUCUUUGAAUCUGGAUAUCAAUAGAAUUGGAAGUGAAGGUGCCAAAUAUAUUUCCACGAGUGAAUGUUUGAAGAAUUUAACUUCUUUGAAUAUGUGCAACAAUCAAAUAGGCAGUGAAGGAGUCAAAUACAUUGCCACGAGUGAUUGUUUGAAGAAUUUGAUUUCUUUGAAUCUGGUUGGCAAUGGAAUUGGUCGUGAAGGAAUCACAUAUAUUGCUGCGAGCGAAUGGUUGAAGAAUUUGACUUCGUUGGAUCUGAGGCACAAUAAAAAUUGA